CCUUUCACAAAAUCAAUCCAUUGAACUAAUUUACUUCCGGAACACUGAGUAGUUUACUCUCGAAAAAAAACAACAACAACAACUUGUGACAUACAUAUCUUGAAUCUUGACUACAUGGCUAGUUGCCAAGGAAUACAACAUUAAUCCCCCAAAAAUUUGUUCCCAACCCAAAAUAUGUCAAGUUGGCAGCAAGAAUUUCUAAAAUACUCUCUGCUUGUUCUGCUCUGCACAACAAUGGUGCAGUGCACCAUAACACCCGGCAAAAAGUCUCAACCGAAACCCAGAACCGGCCCUAGAGAUGAGAGUGUUUUCGAAUUGGAUUUGAUACAACAGGAACCCUCGGCCAAGGAAAUUUUACUUAAUUGUGGGUCGUUUUUCAAGGAUACCUCAAUACGACAUUUUAAUGGGACUGUUUUGGGAUUUGUAACACCGUGGAAUUCCCACGGUUAUGAUGUAGCAAAAACGUUUGCACCAAAGAUGGACAUAAUAUCUCCUGUGUGGUUUCAAGUCGUCAAACAGGGAAGCAAUUAUGUGGUCCAAGGAAAACAUGAUAUUGACAGUCGUUGGGUGAAAACAGUAAGGGAGAAGAGCAAAAGUGGCACAAGCCGAACUACAGAGUUUUACCCAAGGAUACUUUUUGAGAAUUUCCGAAAUGAGGACUACACCAAAUUAUUGUCAUCUGAAAAGGAGAAAGUGAAAUUGGCUGAAGUGAUUGUAAGCUUGUGCAUAGAGCACGGCUUUGAUGGCAUAGUUUUAGAAUAUUGGCUACAGUUGGCUGGACGUGUCAAUGAUCAAUUUCUGAUAAAACUUGCCAUUGAUCUUAGUAAUGAACUAAAGGCCAGAGACCUAAAACUGAUUUUGGUAAUACCACCGUACAGACAGCAGGCCGCAAGCAUGUUUACCCAUCAACAUUUUGAUCAGUUGUACAAACAUAUUUACAAAUUUUCCCUCAUGACCUAUGACUUUUCAAAUGUCCAAAGACCGGGUGCCAAUUCCCCGCUUUAUUGGAUUAGACGUUCCAUUGAACAUAUUACACCGUCUGGCAGUGAUGUCAAUUUGGUGGAGAAACGUAUGAAGAUCUUAAUGGGCAUGAAUAUGUAUGGCAAUGACUACACUCCGGACGGUGGUGGACCCAUUGUUGCUGGGGAAUAUUUAUCGUUGCUCAAACACCUGAAACGACGUCUAACAUAUGACGAAAGGGAUGUUGAGAAUUUUUUCGAAGUUAAAACAAGCAGUGGACGUCAUUAUGUUUUCUAUCCAACUCUAUACUCCAUUAACAAACGCCUCAAAUUAGCUCAGGAAUUAGGUACUGGUAUAUCUAUAUGGGAAUUGGGCCAAGGAUUAGAUUAUUUCUAUGAUCUAUUUUAAACUGGAAUACAAAUAGAAUUAGAGACGUUGAUGUUUAUUCCUAUAGAAGCAGGCUUCACACUUUUUUUCCUAUAUUUACAAUUGAUAUUAAAUAAUAUAUUUGUCUAUAUAAUAAUAAUGCUGUAAAUAUAAUUUCUGUGCACAAAUAAAAAUAGACAAGACAUUCCGUUAUAUCCAAACACGCUCAAAUAA